CGUCUGCCUCUGUUUAUAUGGCUAAGACCCGAUGCGUUCAUCUUCAGUUCGUCCACAUCGGUCACCACGAUUGGAAAAGGGAUAACUGAGUUUAUUCCAUUGGAAAAUUAGAAAUACCUAAAUAUUUACUGGCGUUUGUGUCAAAAAACCUAAAAAUUCGUUGCAAAAUGGCGCGUGCAGCUCUUUGCAUGGCCGUCGCUUGCAUCUUGAUGCAAUGCGCCUACUCUGCAAAGUUCGAUGAACAAAACCGUCGUCUGAUUCUCGAUAUCGACGACCAAAAGACAACGAACCGUCAGUACUAUUCGUCAAACGUUGACACAAAUGCCUAUCGAUAUGGCUACGAUGUCGGCAAGACCGGCAACUUCCAUCACGAGACCCGCGGUCCCGAUGGAGUCACCUACGGUUGCUACGGCCUCAUCGAUCCCUAUCAUCUGCUCCGCGCAACACACUACGUGGCCGAUGCCCACGGUUACCGCACCGUGGAGCCGGAAAAGCCCGUGGAGACCUUCCCGCCUCAUCUGUACAACGAGACCGACGGCGGUCCCUCGGAGCCGGGCAUCCUGCUGCAGUGGGACGAACUCUACUUCCCCAUCGGAUGUGGAAAGUUCGCGAAUGGCGCCCAACACGGCAUUCCAUUCUUCCUCGAAGAUUUCAAGACAAAGGGCCCUAGCACCAAUGCCAUCCCAGCGUUCUCCGCGAACAGUCUGGUGAUCAAGGGCUCCGACCAGAAGAGUCUGCCCAUCCACAAGCCGACGGGUCCGUUGGUGCCGCAGGGCACGGGAAUCUUCGGCACGGACAAGGGUCAUUCGGAUCUCAGCCAUCCCGGCGAUCAGGCGCCGUCCUUCCAUUCGGUGAACACCCUGCUACCGGGCAGCAAUAAUGAUGGCCAGUACGUGCCGGACAAUAAUCCCUAUGUACAUGUGAUUGGAGCGAAUGGCGGCAGUGGAGGCAAUGGAGGCAGCGGAGGCAGCGGCUCGGGCGGCGGAUUCGGUGGAAACGGAGGCUUUGGCGGAAACGGCGGCUUUGGAGGAGCCGGUGGCUUCGGACCCAAUGGACCCAAUGGACCCAACGGACCGGGUGGUCCCAAUGGGCCGAAGGGUCCCAAGGGACCUCCGGGACCACCGGGACCACCUGGCGGUCUGGGUCCGGUCGGCGCGGGAGGAGGAGCCUCAGGAAAACCGGUCUACAGGGAUGGCGAUCGAACUGGCCUGGGCAGCGGUUCCGGAAUCGGUUCCGGUGAUCGCAUCACCACCGGAAAUGGUGGUGCUUACGGAUCCGGUGAUCGCAUUUCCACCGGAAACGGUGGCGGAGUCGGUUCCGGCGAUCGCAUUGGCACCGGAAACGGCGGUGCCUACGGUUCCGGCGAUCGCAUCUCCACCGGAAACGGUGGUGCGUACGGCUCCGGCGAUCGCAUUACCACCGGAAACGGUGGUCGCUACAAGCCCGGAAACGGUGGUGCCGAUGGCACCGGAACCGGAAUCGGAAGCGGUUACGGAAUCGAUGCCAGUGGCCAGUUCCGCCCGGACAACACGGGAACCUACACGAGCACCUACACGCACACAGAGACCGGUUUUCCUGGGGCCAUUCAGUAUCAUCCAGAUAUCGGUAAAUAUAACGGUAACGGCGGUCGCUAUAAUGGUAUUAACGAUGGUCGGUAUUAUCACGAUGAUUCGGGCAAAUAUGUUCACGUUGAAGGCCCAACUGGACCACCGGCACCCCCAUAUGUCCACGUUGUUGGACCCGAAGGCGGAUACGGUGGAAACGGCGGCGAGGGAGACGGCGGCGGCGUAGGCCCCGGCGGCCCAGGCGGACCUAAAGGACCUGGCGGCCCCAAGGGACCCAAUGGACCUCCCGGACCCAAGGGACCUCCCGGCCCACCCGGACCACCUGGACCUCCCGGACCUAAGGGACCCACUAAGCCUGGACCAUUCGGACCUCCGGGACCACCCGGCCCACCUGGACCUGACCGUCCCGGACCUUAUGGACCUCCCGGACCCCCGGCCCACCCGGACCCACUCGUCCCGGACCUCCCGGCCCACCUGGACCCACUCGUCCCGGACCUCCGGGCCCACCCGGACCCACUCGUCCUGGACCACCUGGACCCACCCGUCCCGGCCCACCAGCUCCUGGUCCCAACGAUCCCCGUUACUCGGACAAGGAGACACCCGGCUAUCUGCCACCAAACCAACCGGCCAAAGGUCCCGGCUAUCAUUAUUGAGAAGGAUAAGCCAAAUAAGAGCGUUACUUCACCGCCAGUGACAACGGGUAAUAUUGAAAAGCACACCUACCUACCACCACCACCACCGACACCGAAAUACGUGACCAAGACCCCGACUCCGACUCCCACUCCGAUUCCGACCUAUUACGAACCCUCGACUCCGAGACCCUUCCAGAAGGUGGUGACCUCACCGCCGCAAAUCCAAUACCACACACCACAGGUUCCGAAAGUGGUGGUGCCGAAAGAACCCGUGACCGUUCCGUACAAGCCCGUGACCCGACCGCCACCAGUUUACGUUGAACCGAAAGUAACGCCACGUCCCUCUCCCCCAUUGCAUGUGCCAUCGAUCAGCGAACAGUCCUGUGUUUGUAACGCCGAUAAGACGCACUCAUCGAAAAGCACAACCACAACCACCACAACCACGAACUCCUAUCCCAAUCCCGCCUCCGUUGACUUUAACAAACAAUUUUCCGGCUUCAAUGGACAAGCAAACUUCGGCAGCAUAAUAAACGCCAUGUCACUCACCCAAUUGCCGGUGAUUCCCCAAGCACCCGGACAGCCGGCCUUCUACCCGCCGGACAAGAUCCCCAAGGGCGCCGUCAUCGCGCUGAUGCCCGUGGUGAUCCUGCCGCAGGAGUACUAUGCCAACUGCGACGAGAAUUCCAUUAACCAACACUCGAACAUCGAUCCCUUCCCGCUGGGCGUUCAGCCCGGCUCGUCCUUUAGCCUUCACUCGGUGCUGACGGGCUCAGCGCCCAAGGACCAGUGCAUGUGCCCCUGCUCCUGCACCCAAAACCUGCCUGGACGACUGCACAAGAAACGCGAGGCCACCGAAGCCGAGGCUCCCAAGGAGGUCAAGGCUGAAAAGGAAGAGCCCAAGGCCGCCGCCUCCGAGGAGGUGAAAGUUCAGGUUGAACCAGUAGCUUCUCCCGCUGAGGUGGCUAAGGUCCUGGUCGAUCCCAUUCCAGCUGCCUCUGAAGAGUCUAAGGUCAAGGUUGAGCCCAAAGAGGUUAAGGCCGAGGUUGAGCCCAAGCCAGCCGCCUCCGAAGAGGUUAAAGCCCAGGUUGAGCCCAAGCCCGCGGCAUCCGAAGAGGUCAAAGUACAGGCUGAACCAAAAGCAGCUGCCUCCGAAGAAGUCAAAGUGAAGGUUGAACCCGAAGAAGUAAAAGCUCCGGCUGAACCCAAGGCGACUAGCGAGACGAACUAAGACCAGGACAUGAGAACCACGAACCCAAUUCCCUUCCCAGAUCCCGCUUAAUUCCCAUCCCAACCUCGAUCCUACCUCCCAGCAAAAAAAAAAAACUAAACCUAGUCUAAGUGUUUUUAGUGUCUGCCAGGCAGGGCCAACCAGCAUUUAAGAAGGUUAAAUCGAACGGGGAGAGCCCAGUUAAUGUGUUCGCUAUCUUGUGUGUUAUUCUCGAAUUCGACGAUUUUUGUAUAUUCAUUCAGCAGUUUUGGUAAAUGCACUCCAGACCGCCUGUCCACCACGAGUUUCGGAGCUCUCUAAUAUCUCUUUAAAACACUAUUUGUAAUCUAAAAGUUUCCUUUAAGAGAGCCCUGAGAAUUGGCAAAAAAGAGAGAAAAUUGUUUUGUGACAUGUUGUUUAUUAUGCAUUUAUGUAUGCUUUUUAUUUUCUUAUGAUUUUGUUCAGUUUUAUUUCUUUAUGAUUUUUUAUCAACUUUAGUUCUUAGUUUAUUUAAUGUCUACCCUAAUAAUGAUUGAGACGGAAUAAUGAAUUGUUAUGUCAAAAGAGAAUUAUUGAAUAAAAAAUUAAGAAACAAA